AGGAGUUUCCACAGAGCGCCCCACGGCUUGCUUGGCGAAGGGCUCUGUCCCUCCCCCGCCCCGCCGCUCCCGCCUUUCACUACGGCGAGACUUGGAGCAGCGGGGACCCAACUUUUCAGCCGCCGAGGAUCAUGACGGGGACUUCUGUAUGCUUGGCAGUUCUGCUGGCGGUGGGCUCGCACUUCAGCCUCGCCUACCAAGGAUCAGGAUAUUCACCAAUAGAAGAUGAUGAAGAUGUGUAUGCACGCAAUAUAUAUAAAGAGCUUCCCACACUCCAUCUAAGACUGCCAUCUGAUGCAGAAAUGAAUACACCAUGGUGCUCUCCUAUCAAGGUAAAAUAUGGCUAUGCGAAUUGCAGAAGUCCUCAAGAAGGGUAUUACAGAAAUGUCUUGGGGACCACAUGUGAUAUUCGUUGUCAGAAAGGUUAUGAACUACAUGGUCCUCAGCAUCUUAUUUGCCAGUCAAACAAACGCUGGUCUGGGAAAGUUCUCUGCAAACAAAAACGCUGCCCAACACUUUCUAUGCCACCUAAUGGAGGAUUCAAGUGUGUCGAUGGUGCAUACUUUAAUUCCAGGUGUGAGUAUUAUUGCUCACCAGGAUAUCAGUUAAAAGGAGAUAGAGUAGUACAAUGUAUGGAUAAUAAAGCUUGGAGUGGAAGACCAGCUUCUUGUGUUGACAUGGAGCCUCCAAGAAUUCAGUGUCCAAGUGUAAAGGAGAAAAUAGCAGAACCCAAUAAAUUAACAUCCCGGGUAUUCUGGGAUACUCCAGAGGGACGAGAUACUGCUGAUGGCAUUUUGACAGAUAUUGUCUUGAAAGGACUUCCACCAGGAUCAUAUUUUUCAGAAGGAGAUCACAAAAUCCAAUAUACUGUGUAUGACAGAGCUGGGAAUAAAGGAACUUGCAAAUUUUUGGUCAAAGUCAGAGUUAGGCGCUGUGGAAAAUUGAAUGCCCCGGACAAUGGCUACAUAAAAUGUUCUGGUGAUGGCAACAAUUAUGGUGCAACUUGUGACUUUUCCUGCAUUGGUGGGUACGAGUUGCAGGGAAGUCCAGCAAGAGUUUGCCAGUAUAAUUUAGGCUGGUCGGGAACAGAUCCAACCUGUACACCUAUGAAUAUUAAUAUCGGUGUGAGGACAGCAGCAGCUCUUCUAGACCAGUUUUAUGAAAAACGAAGGUUGCUUAUUAUAUCCACUCCUGCUGCAUCCAAUUACUUUUACAGAAUGCAGCUGGGAAUAUUGCAGCCAGCUCAAUGUGGUUUAGAUUUGCGGCAUGUUACAGUGAUUGAGUUAGUUGGGAUUUAUCCAGCACAACUGGGAAGAAUAGGAUUAAGACUGAUGCCUGCUGCCUUGGCUGUACAACUCAGGUUGUUACUUCGUAUCCCUCACUAUAACUAUUAUAUGGUAGUAGUUGAUAAACAUGGUGUGGACAAAGAACGAUAUCCUUUUCCAGCAACCCCUGCUGAACUCUUUGCGCUCAUUGACACUUUCCCUUUGAGAAAAGAAGAGAUGAAAUUGCAAGCUGAAAUUGGCCGGUCUUGUCCCUGAUUUCAGACUAUAGACGUUCAGAUGCCAGUAUUUUCACUGCCUAAAUUUUUCUGGUGCUACACAAAGCGUGAGAUUAUGAAAGUCAUUGCUGUACAGAACCCUUUUUCUUGUAUGUAUGUGUUUAGGCUAUGGAUGUUGCAAAACUUCUCAUUUAACCUAUAAAUGAUGCCUCUUUAUCUUGUCAAAGAUGUGAAAGGAUAUUGUUGUAAGGAUAUUGAAUUGCUUUGGUUGACCCUCCCAUGUAAAUGUUUUCUUUCACAGAUCUUUUAUUAAUAAAACUUUUUUGCAUUUUACAGGUUUAGUAUUUAUAUUAACACUAUGUUACAAGGCUGUUUUUUUUUUUUCAUUCAGCAAAAAGGCUCCAGACUACUGUAAGUUUAAAGGAGUCUCACUGAUUUCAGUCAGACCAAACAUGACUGAAUAGGGAUUCAUCACUGUUGUCUUCUGGUUGUAUGGUCUCAUUGAGAUACAGGCAGUCCUCAACUUACAGCCAUUCAUUCAAAAUUACAAUGGUACUGAACAAAGAGACUUUCUACUUGUCCUAAACUUACAGCUGUUUCAGUGCACCCACGGUCACACCGGGUCUUCUUACCAAGACUGACUUGCACUGUUCCCCAAGCUUUGCACGAUUUGGAGAAUUCCAAAGCUGCCAGAGUCACCUCGUAGCUGGAUAGGCGGCAAACAAAUUUAAUAAAUAAACAAAGCAUCACAAGAGCAGGCUCCAUUCUCAUGAUUGUUUGGAAGCCUCAUUCUUCCAAGUGUGGAAUUUGGAGAAGGAGGUUUCCAAAGGAUCACGAGAAUGGAGUCUGCUUGGAGAAUGGUGCAAGGCGGCCUUGGCAAGCAGGCCUAGUGUGGCCAGCAGCUACCUUGCAUAUGGAAGCAGCUGGAGAAAAAUGGUGAAGUGGGGUUCAGCAGAUCCUGUGCAGCUGAGGCUUGGCAGAAUGGUGCUGGCCUGUCAGGAUGCAGUGUGGGGCUUGUGGGGCUUGAGGCAGCAUAGAUCAGGGUUGGAGAGAGAGGCAAAUGGGAAGAAUUGUGAUGUCCCUUCAGUCGUAGGCACUAUUGGCCAGGUCAGUGGCUGAGACAUCCUGGGCUGUGGCAGCUCUACAUGCAUUGGUGGGCUGAAUGGACACACACACACACAUACACAUAUACACACACACACACACACACACACACACACACACACGCCUCCCAGGAUCUUCCCCAAAGCCCUGAGGCACCACUGCACUUCUUAGCUGGAAGUCUAUUUAACAAUCCAUGAAUUAUUUAACUCCUACAACUGGGAGUGCUGGGACUGCAGUCAUUGAGCGAAGCCAUCACAUGAUGUCUCACUUAAUGACCGCUUUGUUCAACAACUGACAUUCUGGUUCCAAUAGCGGUCAUAAGUCGAAGAGUACCUGUUCAUCAUAAACAGCACAGGUUUUAGUGUGAUAAUUCAAAUAAAGUUGGAGCUUUAAUAUAAAGGAUAGGUUUUUGUCUAAAACCUGUGGCAAGUCAUUGGAAAAUUAUAUUACAGCAUAUACUUGCAAAUCAGUUUUCAGUAAUAAAGAAUAGACCUAAAAUUCUAAUAUUCUAAUCUGGAUGAAGUAAUUAAAUCUAUAGAAUAUUUAAAGAUGAUAUGGCUAAGAAUAUUAGAUACUUUUAGGCCUACUUAUAUGAUUCCAGGAAAAAGUCAUUCUUUGUAAGACAUGAGAUGCUUGGCUAAAUACUCUAUAAUUAGGGUUAUUAUGAGUAAUGAUCCUUAUAGACAAGGCAGAGUGGAUUUACUCCUAAACACAAUACCCUUUUGUGGUAUACAUAUGAUGUGCUUUUUUAGUUUUGGUUAUUCAGAUGUGUUUUAGCUAUCAGAUUUUUUUCAGUUAAAGUAUCUUGACCAUGAAUUAAAAUAUACAUGAUGAAUUUUUAACUGCACAUAAAACAAGACUUUACUAUAGCUACACAUAACAACAACCCAACUUUCCAUAAUUCAUGUAUCUCAGUGUAUAAAUAAAAGAAGUGCAAUAUAAAACAAACAUGUUUAGUGUGUGUUUCAAAAUUAUUAUUUAGUCAUUUAUCAUAAGAUUUCUUCAAAACUGGAAAACAUCAAGCAAUUUAUCUUAAUAUGGAACCUAUGACUAUUGCUUUAUAAAAAGAAAAAUAAUAUUGUGAAAAUAUAUUUACUAUCCCGUAUCUUAAACUUUAAUGAGAUUCAGGAGCUUAUAUAUAAUGGCAGACAAUAAAUGAAGUUUAUAUUAAGAAAACAUUCAGUCUGUUUUGAUAUUUAUUUGCGGAUGUAGUAAGUGCUGAAAACUCACUUUCACAAAAGUAUGUUAAUGCAAUCAGUAAUAAGAUUCUUAAUUUUGAUUUAAAGCUUAUUAUCUGAGAAGUCCAUCUAAAAGUCUUCAGCUUCACUGAAUACAUUCAAGCUAUUCAGAGAACAUUGGUGUUUCAUGAAACAUAAUUUAAAGAUUAUUUAUAUACACUGUUCAUACCCAACAUAAAUAUUUCCAAAUGAUGCAAUUAUAAUAGAAAUGAAUAAUAUAAAAAAAACAUCUGACUGCUUUAACGCAAUUUUUUCGUAAAAAACAAAACAAAAGCUUUUUUUUACAUCACCAAUACCAUUUGAUGAAUACUAACAGAAUCAAAUUCUGCAGGAUAAUAGGUAAAACAAGCAGUAUAUGUAAUUUAUUGCCACAGUUGAAUUAUACUAAUGAAUUUGUUUAAGAAUUAUGUAUGAAAAAUAAACAGUCCCUGAUUUAUUUAGAAGCUAUAUUAUUACAGGAUACAUGGCAAUUAUUCCAUAUUCUUCAAGAUAGCUAGUCCAAAGACAGUAAGCCAGUAGGCAGUUGGUUCAAGUUAAACAGUGUCUUAUAGCAAAAUGCAGGGCUGGCUCUGGAGAUUCUGCAUUUGAGAGAUGGAAGAAGGUUCCAUCACUUUCCCCAUGUACUCUCUCUUGCACUUCUGUUGUCUUGGUCUCACCAUUGCCCCUCCCAAGGCAAACAAACUUGGAAUAUCUGUACACUGUGCACUUUAAGUAGAAUGAAACAGUUGCUCCAGACCACAAACUGGGAAGUCAGAAGGCAGAAAAUGAGGAUUUCUAUUCAGUAUGCCCCACAUUCUGGUCUAUUCUUUGAAACUACUAUCCUUAGUCAGGUAAAAUGACUAACAUUCCAUCUAUGUAUAUUAUGUGUGGUUUAGAAGAUCUACCGCUGUUAAAUCCUCAACUUUCAUUUCAUUUGUUUUAAAAUGGAUGUACAUAUCAGAAAGAGCAGAGUACAUGUAAGUUGGUUGCAGAGUAAAUGAUCAUAGCCUUCAUUUAAAUUUUUUGCUCAGCCUUUCUGUGUACCACUAUGCAGAAGUAGACUUGCUUUAAAGUUCAUUUAAAGUGUGCUGUAGCUGCUGAAAAAGCUAGUGCAGUUCUAGGCUGCAUUAACAGAUUAGAAUCAAGAUCACAUGAAGUGUUAAUACCACUUUAUAAUGCCUUGGUAAGACCAUACUCCAGUUUUGGUUGCCACAGUAUAAAAAAGAUGUUGAGAUUCUA